AUGUCGUUUGAGCCCAGGCCACCUUCUCUUCCCCUGGAGCAUAGAGAAAAGGCCGCCGUUUUCUCCAGCUUCAUGUUCAGUCAAAAUCUUCAGAGACGUGCCCCAAAACAACAGGUCAACAUGAAGAACACAAAACCAGACAAUCUAGACUGCCCUCAAACAUCUCCACGAAGACCCAAGAGACUGACGCCACUGGCGUUUCACCACCUCUACAGGCAACAACGGAUAGGCACACUGAAGUUCGAAGAGUUGGAUUUCGAUAUCGAGAAACCCAAGCUUGUUCCCAGCAGCGAUACCUCGCUAUCGAGAGAGUCGUCCUUCAAUUCCUUGCGAAGCCAGAAGUCUAGUGGAAAAUCUGCCCAUUUUGGCUUCUGGUGGACGAUUGCCAUUGUUGGCCUGCCCAUUCCUUUUUUCACUGCCACUAUCCUCGCGUUCGUAUUUGUUUUCAGAGUACCAAACGAUACUACCCACCCGCUCAGCGCCAUCAAAACAACAAGUGUCGACAGUCAAUCCAUCCUUGUCGACUUCUCAGCUACCAGAUUAACAUUCAUUGCAUCUUGGAGCAGCACCCUCGCUCCUAUGCUGCUCGGAAGCUUGAUGGCACUUUGGCACAUUCCUACAGCUUGCAGACUGGCAUCAGCAACGGCGCAAAACGAUAUCCAUGAGCUCCCUACUCCGCAUCAACUUAGCAUGCUGAUUGGCCUUUCGAACGGUUCUUUCGAGGAGCUUCGAAAAUACUUCGUGUACCGGUUAAGCAAAGUCAAAGCACACCAAUCCAGUCUCUUGACUCGCUCGGCGGUUGUCCUCGUCAUCGCCUCACUGUUUGCAUUUUUCAUCUUCUGUGCCGAUACGGCCAUCCAUACAUUUACUUCCACAGUACCUUACAGCAAGGUUAAACUGCAGACGCCAUCGUCGAACGCUUUCGGCCGCGGGUUGAUCAGUCAGUGCAUUGAUUUUGAUCGCAAGGCGAAUCAGGGUUUUCCAUGUACAGUCAUCGCUGAUGCCACCGUCGGAGCAAAUAUCAUGGCUCGAAAUUCAGGAGAAGUCAUCUCUCUCCAACAGAAUGUUUCUUCCGAUAACAGUAUCUGGACGGUUCAGGACCAGAGGCUCAAGCAUGGAGAUCUUCUCGUUCUGAUGCCCCAGGUUGCAGACACUCCCGCAAAUGUCGACUAUCACGCAACGACAGUCGGUGUCUCUACCCAAUGCGUUCCGUCAUCCAGCAGAUGCGACGUCAGGAUGUCAGGCAACCCGACUGACGAAUCCAGCUAUGUCGUCUUCAAUUGCACGGAGAAUUUUCGCGGAGUAUUGGGCGCCGACCCUAGUAUUUCGAACGAUACACUUCUCUGGACACAUACUGAUGCCACUACGCCCGAUUUCAACUUCAAAUACGACAGAAAUUUUCAGUAUGCGUAUUUCUCUGAUGCCCAGCUGAACACAAUCUAUAACUCAAUCGGUGGCAAUGCAACCAAUGGUGGUGCCUCUGGGGAGCUUGCACUACCGGAUGACCAGCUUAUAAAUCCCAUAUUUCUUGCGGUUGCCGGACUUGUCCCAGUUUCAAAUGGACCAGCAGGAGAAAGUCUGAGCAAAGACAGAAAUUUGCUGUCCAUAGGUGGUGCAUUUGUUGCGUACACCCUGAAUUGCUCAGUGACAUCCUAUGAUGUCGCUUAUGACUGGAUCAACGGCUCCAUCAACUCUUUCAACUUCUCCCAAACCCGAAACGGCAGCAUUCUCGAACUUGCCCACGGCAUGCAAGCAACAGGAAUGCCGGCUCUCUCGCAGGCCCAGAGCCUUGCCAGCUUAUCAGCUUCGGCCGAAGCUCUUGGACAUAGUUUCGCAAAUCAGCAUUCGGAGAACUCGUUGACGUUGAUCGCAAGUGUCAUGUCGCCCAGGAUGGACUCCGCCGAAGCCAUACGUGAGGAUCUCUUGGUUGCGAAGAUCAGUGUCGCCCCCUUCGGCUUCCUUGUCGGUAGCAAUCUUCUCUACACUAUAUUUGGAGUCGUACUUAUCAUACGUGCUUGGAGGCUGAAUUCCCCGGAUACAAGAGACAUGGUCGCUCGCAUGAGUCUGGAAGGCCUCUCUGCGAUGGCGUUCGAGGAUACAAUUGAAAAAAGAGUGCGGAGGGUUGAAGAUGUCCACGAUAUGUUUGAAGAGAGUCGAAUCGGUGCGUCAAGCCGGCAAGUUGGGCUCAAGGCCUAUCAAGGUGGUGGGCAUGUUAUGUUCGUCGAGCAGCCUCGACUAUGA